AUGACAUCCAAACUUCUGAUGAUUCCAAAAACAAAAUUCAAUCCUCGGUUUCAUCCAACUUCUAGAGAAAUCGAAUUACUUAGUUAAGUCAUAAAAUUUGAGUAAAAUGUUGAUUCUAAAGUAAAAUUAAAUAAUAAUAAGGCAUUUACUUUGCAUGAAAGUCCUUUAAGUGUUCAUGGGAAAUUGCAUUUUGGUCAUUUUUACAAUAAAGUGCAUAAGGAUAUACUUAAAAGGUAUAAAUUACUUAGAGGAUACAAAAUUACACCUUCUAUGUAAUUUGAAUUAUUUGGACCAUAAGUUGAACAUGCUGCAUUCUAAUAAUUAAUAUAAAUGGGAACCACUUAAAUGGAAUAUAAUGAAAUUGCAAUAAGAUAGAUAUGUUCAAAAUAUGCAGAAGAACAAUUAAAAUCAUAUUUGGAAUAGAUUUAAAGAUGGGGUAUAUUGGAAUAAGAAAUAAGCUUAACAAUUGAUCCAAGAUAUCAAAAAUAAGUGUUAUAUUAAUUAGCUCAUUUCUUAGAAUAAAGUAUUAUAUAGAGAUAUUAUUAUUUUAGAUUAAAUUAUUAGAGAAUAAAAAAUAGUUAUAUGGUCUAAAUCUAGAUUUUCAGAAGUACCUCUUGAUUCAGUUAUUAUUUCUUAAAGGGAUGUUCCAGCACAUGCAAUUAAAUUCAAAUUUACAAGAUUAAGUCCAAGUUUUAAGAAAUUGAAAUGCUCUUUUUAUCUAGUAUUAGAAUUGCCAUCACCUUGGAAAAUUCCUAGUGCAAAAGCUAUUAAAUUAGUAGAACAAGAAUGGUUGGUGAUGAAAAACAAGGAAGCUCUUAUAAUGAGCAAGUAAUUUUUUAAUACUCAUAAAGAAGAAUUUUCAAUGUAUCAAUUUGUUGGAACAAUAGAAACAUCUGAUUUUGUUAAUUUGACUGUAGAUAAUGGAUUAAAUGAAUUUGUUGAUUUAAGAAUGAUAGAAGGAGAAGAAAAUAAUAUAAUUUGUCCUGCUCAUUAAAUGGAUGAUAUACCUAUUGCAAAAAGAUAUAAACUUGAUAGAACAGGUAUGGUAAAUGAAAAUGGUUAAUUGGUUUAUGAAGAUGAAGAAUUUGAUAUUCUAAAUAAUGAAGCAAACUAAUAAAUACUUAAAGAACUUAGAGAAAGAAAUAGAAUUCUUGAUGUAGUAAGUUCUGCAUAAGAAGUAUUUUAUCAUCAUAAAAUUACUGGAGAAUAAUUACUUUUAAGAAGUGUUCCAGGAUGGUUUUUACAUUUUGAUGAAAAACUUAUAGAUGAAUAUAAAGAAAAAUACAAUUUGAAUGAAAUGAAUACAAAAUAAAAUAAUAAAGAUGAAAUAUAUACACCAUAUAUAGAAUUAAUGGAAGCAUUAUGUGGUUAAUGGUGUAUAACUGAACAUAAUGUAUGGGGAAUUCCAAUACCAUUAUUUAAAGCUACAACACCUAAGAAAUUUUAGAAAUUAAAAAAUGGAUAUUUAUUAAAUGCAGAUAUAGUUAAAUAUUUUGCUGAUUUAGUAGAAAAAAAUGGUAGUGAUAUAUAUUGGAAAUGGAAUAUUGUUGAUUUAUUACCAGAUGAAUAUAAACCUUAUGCUUAAGAUUUAGAAAAACAUACAUGUGUUUUAAAUAGGAAUUUUAGUUUACCUCAAUAAUGUGAUUUAAUUUAUGAAGGAAUAGAUUAAAAUGAAGCCUUUUUAUUUAGUAGUUAAAUGAUGAUGAUGUUAUUUUAAAAGAAAUUCAACAGAAAAAUUCAUACACAUACUGUUUUAUAAUUCAAUAAAGAUAAAAUUAGUAAAACUAAUUGUUUUACAUUAGAAAAUAUUAUUGAAGGAUAAGUUAAAGGAAAUGAAUAAAAAUAAUAUGGAGUAUAUUAUAUUUUUAUUAUUUUUAGUGUGGUGUUGAUGUUUUAAGGGCACUUGCCACAUCUAUUAAUGAACAUGAUGAAUUUUCAUAAUUUAUGUUAGAUAAAAAGAAAGAAUAAAUAAAUUAUAUUAGAAAAAUAUAUUGGUAGAUUAUUGGUUGUUUAGAAAAUGCAUCUGUUACACCUGUUGACUUUAAAGAUUUACAUUUUGUACUUAUAAAUUUAUUAAUAUUUAGUUUGAUUAAUAUAUUUAUCAACAAUUAAUCUUAUUUGUUGCUAAUAUUACAAAAGCUUAUGAAGAUUAUAAUUUUGGAUUAGCUUAUUAAUUAUAUAUAGAUUUUAUGCAAAAUUAUGUUUCAAUAUAUGUUGCUAGUACUAGAAAUAAAAUUAUUGCAUUUCAUAGUGAAUAUCAAAAUAGUUUGUAUAUCUAUUACAAAAUAUAUGAUAUAACAUUAAAUGUUAUUUAACCAAUAUUAUGUUUUAAUGCUAGAGAUAUACAUACUAAAUUACCUACUUCAUGGCCAAAGAUUCCAGUUAGUCAUUAUUAAGAAGCAUAAUAAAAUAUUGUGACUUUAAGUUUAUUACACAAAUUAUAAAAAGAGAUUAAUACUUAAAUUGAUGAAGUUUAAGAACGUAUUAAAUAAAAAAGUAUAUCAAAAAAAUUGGAAAUUGUUUUUAUACUUGAACCUAAUACUUUUGAAUUUAAAUUAAUUGAUAUAGAUCCUGAUGAAUUAGCAUUAUUUUUUGAUUGUGGAAAAAUUACUAUUGAAACUGAUUUUUUGAAUAAGAAAAGACCAAAUCAUAUUUGCAUGUCUUCAUUUUUUGUUAAAGAACAAUUUUAUCAUCAAAAAAUUAAUUAUCAUGUUAAAUUUUAUCAAAUUAAUGAUAGUUAAUGUCCAAGAUGUCUUGAACAUAAACCUAUUGUAACAUAAAUCUGUUAGGAUUGUACAGAUUAUAUUUAAAUAGAAGAAGAAAAAUUAAAAUAAAUUAAUUGA